CAGAUGGUUCCAGUGCUGGACAAUAUGACCCCAGCUCCUCUGACACAGAACUGCUCCAACUGCAGCCAGGUUAUAGUCCCAGAGCUCAACGUGGUCAAAGCUGUGGUUUUGGGCCUGGUGCUUGGCGUCUUCAUUGUGUUUGGAAUUGUUGGAAACAUCCUGGUCAUCCUCUCGGUGGUUUGCCAUCGACACCUGCGGACAGUCACACAUUAUUUUAUAGUCAAUCUGGCAGUGGCAGAUCUGCUGUUGAGCUCAACUGUGCUACCCUUCUCUGCCAUUUUUGAGAUUGUGGAUCGUUGGGUGUUUGGACGAGCCUUUUGCAAUGUUUGGGCAGCUGUGGAUGUGCUCUGCUGCACCGCCUCCAUCAUGAGCCUUUGCGUGAUCUCUGUUGACCGCUACAUUGGAGUCAGCUACCCUCUGCGCUAUCCGACCAUAGUGACUAAACGCAGGGCGCUGCUGGCAGUGAUGCUGCUCUGGGUGCUGUCCAUCAUCAUAUCUAUCGGACCUCUGUUUGGCUGGAAAGAGCCAGCACCUGAGGACGAGUCUAUCUGCAAGAUCACAGAGGAGCCAGGCUACGCUAUCUUUUCUGCCGUGGGCUCUUUCUACCUCCCUCUGGCCAUCAUACUGGUCAUGUACUGUCGCGUUUAUGUGGUAGCUCACAGGGAGAGCCGGGGCCUGAGGGAGGGCCAGAAGACGGAGAAGUCAGACUCAGAGCGAGUGAUACUCAGGAUACACAGAGGCAACACAACUGUAUCAGAGGACGAGGCCCUUCGCAACCGCACACAUUUUGCCCUGCGCCUACUCAAGUUCUCACGUGAGAAGAAGGCCGCAAAGACCCUGGGCAUUGUGGUUGGCUGCUUCGUGUUGUGCUGGUUGCCAUUUUUCCUGGCGCUACCCAUUGGCUCCAUAUUUCCUGCUUACAGACCUUCAGACACUGUCUUCAAGAUCACCUUCUGGCUCGGUUACUUCAACAGCUGCAUCAACCCUAUAAUCUACCCAUGCUCCAACCAGGAGUUUAAGAAAGCUUUCCAGAGUUUACUCGGAGUUCACUGUCUGAGAAUGACUCCCAGACCGCACCAUCAUCAUCUGAGUGCAGGUCAGAGUCAAGCCCAGGGUCAAGGCCAGUCCCUCAGUCUGGGCCUGGACAGCAGGGGGGCUCCCUGUCGGCUCAGCCCUUCCUCCUCCAUGGCCUUGUCCAGAACCCCUUCCUCCAGAGACAGCAGGGAGUGGAAGGUCUUUCCCGCAGGCCCCACAGGCGGAUCUGGACAGGCCGAGACGAGCAGGGACAAAGUGGCCAAACUCUGCAGUAAAAGCUUCCACCGGACCUGCUGCUGCAUCACCAGCGGUGGGACUCCCCCGCAGGAGUCAAACUGCGCCCAGCCCCCUCCAGUAGGAAACCUUCCCACCAUUAAAAUCCACCAACUGUCCCUGUCGGAAAAAGGAGAGCCUGUGUAA